AUGAGUACCACGGUCUCCACGCGCUCUACUAUUGACUAUUCGAUGUUGGUGGAUGAAGUUGUAACUCAAUUCGGAUCCAUAUCGGCCACAAUCAUAUCCUCCAGCGUGAGUUUUUCUCCCAAGUUCAGGUAAAACAAAAUUUUAAAAUAAUUCCCGAAUUUGUUUUUAAUGCAAAUUUGUCACUGAUAAACUUUCAUCUCUUUUGAACAUUCUAAACCACUAUCUGCAAAUUUUUUUUUCAACACGGUUGUGAGCAGAAAUCAUUUUAGGAAGACACGGAAACGUCUCCAGAACCAGCGAAAAGAAAGCGUCUGAGAGCUUCCAAUGAAGAUUCAGAAAAGAAGGUUUGAAACUUCGAGUUAAAAAUGAAGUGUGGAGCUUUCAAGGGAGGCAAAGGAAACACAAGAGUGAGCCGUCGAGACUCUCUCAAUGAGAAACCUCUUGGUUUGGAUAAUCUGAGGUUCUCUUUGAAUCUGUUUCAAAUCAACUGAAUGUGGCUUCAGACUGUGCGUAGAGGCCGAGAAGAUAGCGGAUGCGAUUCCGGAAAGCGUGGCCAUCGUGGUUCAAACUCCCACCAAGUUUUGUCGAUUCCGCAGUCCCUCGGACACUCAACUGUCUCACUUCAUUCCUAACUAUCACAAGACUACGGUUCUCAAAGAAGUGAGGCUUUUUUGUGAUCAAAAAAAAGAACGGAAAGUUUACGUGUUGAGAUUAGGUUUUCGAUGAUGUUCUCAACAAAGCUUCAGGAAAAUCUUUACCUGAAUGAUAGUCUAUUCAAAAAAUUUAUGAACGCUGACAAGCUCAUUUUGGCUUGUAAUAUAUGAAUAAACGAAGAAGAUCCUUAGAGACUUAAAAAAAACUCUCACCUAUUUUACUGGAGUUACAAGAGUUUUACAAGCUAAUAAUCAAUAAAUACUGUCCUCCAAUAAAAACUUCCAUGAUCUAUGCCUUAUUUUAUUCCCAAUUUUCAGAACGCCAAUCGUAUCCAACAGCUGCUGAAGCCACGUCUGUCUGCUCUCAAAAAGUCCGCGAGCGAAUCUGGAAUGAUGAACAACGACCUCAUCAAGAUCGACAUCACCCCGAUCAAACUCAUUCCUCCGUCUCCUGCGCCUUCCAAACGAUCGGCUCACAAGCGCAAGCGCAACAACAAAAGUAAUCAAUUAUUAUUUAAAAUUUAUUACAAAAAAAUUUUUCUAAUUCAAAUAGGAGCAAUACUUUGAUAUAAAAUCGCUGAACGGAUUUUUUUGAAAAUAUAAAGAUGCGCACUUUACUUUAAAAAAACAAAGUAAAGAAGAAGAUUGACACAAACUUGAAGAAAUUGAUAAUCAACGGAACCAAAGUGUAGUGUAAUUAGACAAAGUCUAAAAAGCUUCAGUAGUCAUUCCACAAAUAAAUGUUUAAAAUUGAUCUUUUUGAGACAGAGACGGAUAAAAAUUUUUUGAAUUUUCCCGGCAGCAAAUAAUUUUUGAAUUUUACAGAGCUCUAAAUAGUUUCGGACCGUCACGAAUCGCCAUGCAACGAUCUCCGACCUCGCCACGCCAACUACGCCAAAUCGUCACGAUCUUUUUUCAAACUUAUAGCUUUUAGUGAAACAUGCAGUCCACAAGAUGACUAGACCUUAUCCUGAUUUUUUCCCAAUUUUUUUUUGUCAAAUGUCUGGGAUCUCUUUUCAACUCUUCUCCCCGCAUACCAUCAUUUUACUGUGUUCGAUACGCCAUAAUCGCGGGUUUUGUACUGUGUUAAAUUAACUAACUUUUCCAUCACGCCUUUAAAAUUGCCCGGUUCAUUGUAGUAGUCCUCGUUUAAAAACUGUUCAUAAUUGUACACACAAUGAUUUAAUUUGUCCCAUGAAUAAAAGUUCUUUUGAACUUGAAAUUGUUGAUUUGCGCUCGAUAUUGAUUGGUGAUAGAUUCAUAGUGUCGAGAAUCGUUCUUAUCAUUUGGCGAUGUGCCUUUAUGGCUUCUACUAAACUUCUUUUUACGCUCAUUUUUUUUUUGAUAAUUUGAGAAAUUACUCUAGAAAGGUUCAGCUUUUCAGUAAUCACACAAUGGCUUAUUUCAUGUCCGAUGUCGCAAAUGCCCGCGACGAGGGACGUCUUGUGCCAAAUCAAAACGCUUCAGCUGAUGAAUUGAGAACAGUAGGCGUUGAAACAACAGAAGUAAGUUUGAAGUUUUUGAAAAGCUGUCAGUUUUGCUUAUUUUUCAACUUAUUAUUUUUUUACAAUCUUUAGAAGUACUUUCAAUCAUUUAAAAAAAGCGUAGCAAGCUUCCUAUCAGAAAACACUGAAAAAGGCUUUCGAAGUCGGUUUUAAUAAUUUUUAAGUUUUUUUACAGUUUUGCAAGACAUGUUACACAAGGCAUUUGUUUUUUUGAUCUUUUGAAUUGUUUCGGUAUGAGAGAGUACUUUAUAUUUAUUAAAUUUUAAUUCCUAAUUUUUAGUAUGCCGUAAAUUUACAAACAAAAAAAGGCUCUGACUAUCGAAAAAAAGUAAUGUAACCUUUAAUAUUUUUUUAUAAUUACAAAUUCUCCAUUAUUUUUUUGAAUCUUUUCACUAUAAUAGGAAGAAGCCUGCAAAACGAUUCAAAGGUUUUCGGCCACAAAAUUCAGCAAGUACUCUUCGUUUAAGAUAUAUAACCAGAUUCAGUAUGAACUGUUUUAAAAAUUCCAAUUACAGAUCGACUUCGAUGCUAUUGACGCUGAGGAGCAGCUUGAGAAACUCGUCAAAGAAUAUGACAUGAAUCACCGCGACCAAGUGGAAAUUAGCAAGGAAAAAAUGCCAGAUUAUGAGAGCAAAGUAGGAGUUUUCUUUUUAACUUUUAAUAUGUUUUUUGUACAGUUGAAAAUAUUUUUCACUGAGCAUUUGCAUAAUGAUGCCGAGCUCAGAAUAAUCAAAGAAGGCUCAGGAUUCUUUGAUAUUCGCGACAAAGAGGUUUCUUCAAAAAGUUGUUUGCUUUUUCCAUAAAUUACUUUUCUUGAGGAUCGAUGGAUCAGAAUUCCAGUGAAACGAGGAAGUUUUGUCUACUUACCGCCAGGAAUCUACCACCGCUUUACCCCAGAUUGGAGCGUAAGGCUGUUUUCACGUGGAAAAUGUUUUCUCUCCUUCUACUUUAGGAUCGGGUUGUGGCCGUUCGACUUUUCCGGAACAAUCCAAAAUGGGAAGCACACAACCGCGCCAAUGAUGGAGAUCAACAAGAAGAGCGAAAAAAAUAUCUUGAACAAAUUUUAAAAUCACAGUGA